AUGAAAUUUUCUAAAGUCUCACUACUGGCCGCAUCUGCAUCUGUCGCUUUAUCUGCCCCAGUUGCUGUGACUGUCACGCAACAUGUCCACCAAGCUGCCACUGUAGUGGUACAAGGUAUAGUUCGUGUAGAAAAUGGCCAGACUCUAACGACGUUCAUUACCAAGGGCACUCAAACGGCUUCUGCUAGUCCCGUUGCCACAACAUCAGCUCCUAUUGUGGUUGCUAAUGCUCAAGUGGACAGCAUAGCUACUUCCGUUAUCCAAGAAAGCGCUGUCGUGGCUGAAUCUGCAACAUUUGAAGAAUCCUCUACAGAAACAUCUGAAGCAUUUUCUACAGCAACUGCAACCAUACAAGCGGUGCAAACCUCCGCAAGUGCCACACAGGAUGAUGUAACCACAACUUUAACAUCUUCAACACAACCUACCAGCACAACUACUCCAACAACCACUACCACUAGCCCAACCACUACCACUAGCCCAACUACUACCGCUAGUCCAACUACUACUGCUAGCCCAACCACCGCUACCACCACUCAAUCUACCGCCUCAAGCACUCAAUCCUCAAGCUCCGAUUUCUCAACGUCAAUGGUUAACGAACACAACACUAAAAGGGCGUUGCACAAGGAUACCGGUUCUUUGACAUGGUCUGACACACUAGCAACAUAUGCACAAAACUACGCUGACUCCUACGAUUGUUCAGGCAACCUAGUCCACUCCGGCGGUCCAUACGGUGAAAACUUGGCACUUGGUUACGGUACGACCGGCUCUGUUGAUGCCUGGUAUAACGAAAUUACCAGCUACGACUAUUCCAACCCUGGUUUUAGUGAAAGCGCAGGUCACUUCACCCAAGUCGUAUGGAAGGGAACUUCUGAAGUUGGUUGCGGUUUGAAAUCUUGCGGUGGCGAAUGGGGCGAUUACAUCAUUUGUUCCUACAAAGCCGCUGGUAAUGUCAUUGGUGAGUUUGCUGACAACGUUAUGCCAUUAGCUUAA